CUCCUCGCGUAUAAAUAUAUUGGCGCAGAAAAAAAGUCCAACAUUGCAACUGCUAGCCCGCAGAAAAGCAAGAAGAAAAGGCAAACAAGAACAGAAAACACGUCUCGUUCUUCUCAUCAUCUCAGAAACAUCCACAGAGAAAGAGAGAAGGAGAGAGAGAGAGAGAGAGAGAGAAGGAGAGAGAUUGAUCAUGGACCAGAUGGGUGGUUUGAAGAGAUCUGAGGUGUCGUUCAGGAGGCAAGGAUCGUCGGGGCUCGUCUGGGACGACAGGUUCCUGUCCGGCGAGCUGAACAAGAUCGUGAAGCAGCACGAGCAAGAGCAAGAAGAGCAAGCCAGGGACGGCAAGCUCCGCGGGGACCGGGACGGCGACACGGACGCCGCGACCCGGCCCUCAGGAAUCAGCGUGGCUCCCGCGGCGCUGGAGAGUAGCCAAUCCAACGGCGGCGGCGGCGGCGGGGGGCGAGGCUACCGGGCCUCCACCGGGAGGGUGCCGCCGGCGGUGGAGCCGCCGUCCCCGAGGGUCUCCGCGUGCGGGUUCUGCAGUGCGUUCAGGAAGCCGCCUGGUGGUCAUCACAAGGCCAGGAAGCACACGAACAAGCACGGCAAGCGUCAGACCAGAUGAAUCUUUCCUUAAACUUGUUAGGGCUUUCAAUUGUGAAUUCUAGGAGAUGUUCGAGUUCUUGUGCUGGAGCAAGGGGCGGUCUGGUCAUUUCGUUUGAUCUUAUCACAAGUAAGGUUGAGGAUUUUUGGGAGAACAA